AUGGCUGAAUCCUCAAAUGAAUCAGAAAUGCAUGCAUCGUUUGUCGAUGAUACGAUAAAAUCAUUGGCAGAUGAAAUUGCAGAACUUUUAGAUCUCGAUGAUGGUGAAAGUAAAGGUCAAAUUCUUAAUGAUUUGUUCGAAAAUGGUCGGCAAUCAUUGAUCAACUAUAAAGAGGAUAUUGUGUGCGAACGAUAUAAAGAUGUGAUGAAUGGCAGUGAGAACAAGUUGAUGUUAUUGUUGAAAAAGUAUUAUCAACAAAAAUGGGAAGCGCAGUAUGGCAAAUCCAAUCCAUGGUUUAUUUCAUUUAUUGAACAAUAUCAGAAUGGAGAAAACCAUGAUAUCUAUGAACGUGUUUUAACUUAUACAGCUGAAUACGGAGACAAACAUACGAAAAAUUGUGGAGUAUUAUCGAUUGUUUUGCAAUUUUUAUUUGACACUAUCGAUGAUGAUUGGUGGACAAAAACAAAACUCUUCGACGAUCAAUACUUAAAAGAACAGCCUAUGUUCGAUUCUCAAUAUUUGAGAGACACUGAAAAUUCUGAUGAUCAAUUUUUAGAAGAAAUAAGCAUUUGUGAUGGUCUAUGGUAUGCAAUCACAAAUGAUGGCUUAAAAUCAAUUAUAAAAUAUUCUGAUUAUAUUGUUUCAUACGUAAUGGAUGAGCAGUUGAAUAAAAGUCAAUCAGUAUUAUUUCAGGCAUUACGUGAAUAUUAUCGACUGCAGCUACUUUCGUUGUUGAAAGAAAAUGGAAUUUCAGAUAAACAACAAAUGCAUGACUUAGCGUUAGAUAAUGUUGCUGAACAUGGUUGGUUAAUCGGCAUACAAGCAAUCCAGCAACAAGUAGCACCAAAGUAUUACAGACGAUUAUUGCAAGAUUUAAAUUCCCUCCUACAAAAACGAAAAGCACAAGUCAAUCAAGCACUAGAGCAACAAGAAGGAAAUCAAGAACGUAACGCACAAGGGGAAAACAAAAAUUCGGAGAAGCAAUGGCAAAAGAAAGCAUUAGAGCAACCAGAACAAAACACAGGACAAGAAGCUCAAGCGGAAAACAAAAAGCCCGAGAAAAAGUUGAAAUACAAAAAUGCCAAGAAAAAAGGGGAAAGAAAAACACAAAAAGCACAGGACCAGAGCGAAGAUCUUAACGGACAAGACAAAAGCAAAAAACUAGAGAAAGAAGGGGAAAAUAAAGAAUCAAACAGAGAAGAAGAAGACAAGGAACAAAAGCAAUAA